UGCUGGGGACACAUCAACACAUCCCUGUGUCAGUCUGAGGCUCUUCUUAUGACAAUUGGAUUUAUUUGCUGGCGACGAGUCGCGUGUUUGGCACUGCCCCAGUCACUUUAAUGAUGUAUAUGGAGCAGGUAAAGCAGUGACAGGCGGGCGGGGGAGCGCCCCAUUUACUGACUCAUUCACACUGCAGGACACAGGGACCUUUUGGCACCUGAUAACCUCGUUAUAAACUGUGUGAGAAUCCUGCGGAGACAGGGCAGCCUUGAGAGAGGAGAGAUUAGGCCCCGGGGCUGAGGAGAGGGAAUUAGCCUGAUCCUUCUCCUUCAGGGGAGCCAGCAGUGUGUUUAUACAAACCCGGAAGCGAGCGCACACAGGAAUGGGGUCUGUCAGCCCGGCCUUUAUCCCUCCGCCAAAAGCUGCUGUAUCAAUGUGCCCAUCCCAUGCCCACAGAAAGCACAGGGCAGGGCUCUUGCAUCAUCAUCAUCAUCACCGAAAGAGAUGAAACCAUGCUUGCUUUUACAUAUUAGGAUGAUGUCAGAGAGAUGUCUAGAGCCGGGUGCUGCUCAAGUCCUGGGCCAGAGGUUGCCAGCAGGGCAAGUGACCGUUAGAGGCCGGGGAGUGCGGGAUUAAGAGAGUGGCAGACACCCGAUAGGUGAGAAGAAGGGGGAGGGUGUAGCGGCUGCUGCUGGCACUGCCAGUCACAGGAGCGGAGACGCAGCAAGACCUCCAGUGGGGCAGCUUUGAAGUUGACUUUAUUUAAACAGAGGAGGAAGCCUCAGUAAUGACAGGGCAGGGGGAGGGGCCGGAGCUUGAGCUUUAGCAGCAGCAACAGGUCCCUGAGAUGAGGCGGAGCUGCGGGACACAGUCUGACACACACAGCGGCACGGGGGGGGACGAGCGAGUCUCAGGCAUGAGCGCCCCAAGAGAAGAGCCCGAGCUGGACUUCGACUAUCUGUUCGAGUAUGAGUACAACAAGGGCGAGCACCUGGGCGGGGACAGAGAGCACUUUAACUAUGCAUCCUCCAAUUUAAGUGCCAGUCUGUCGCUGGGUGUGACGAAUUCUUCAUUAUCAAACCCAUGCCAUGGCCUUCAGUCAUCAAAUCCAGUCAUUUCCAUUAUUCCAUCUUCAAGUCAUCUGUCUGGAUAUGGAGGGAACCUAGACAGUGAGGCCACUGGAUAUUAUCUAUCUCCUAGCAUAAGACCCUUUGGACCCCCAGCAUUAGAAAGCCCCAGAAUUGAGAUCACAUCAUGCUUAGCAAUGCAUCCUAACCAUAACCCGUUUUUUAAUGAACCAGAUGUUGAGGAAGCCAUACCACAAGCAAAGAGAACACAUUCUACAGCAACUCUGAACUUGCCAAACGUUGACACUUACCGAGAUCCAUCUUGCUUAAGUCCUGCAAGCAGUUUGUCUUCCAGAAGCUGUAAUUCUGAAGCUUCUUCUUUUGAAUCAAAUUACUCUUAUCCAUUUACUUCCCCGCAGACCUCUCCGUGGCAGUCACCAUGUGUUUCUCCCAAAACCACUGAUCCUGAAGAAGGAUACCAGAGGGGCAUGGUAACCUGCACUUUGCUUAGCUCACCUAGGCAUUCUCCAUCUACAUCACCCAGGACAAGCAUUUCAGAGGAAAACUGGUUAAAUGCCCCAAAUUCACGCCCUUCUUCACCAUGCAUCAAAAGAAAAUACAGCCUAAAUGGUCGUCAGACAUCUUACUCACCACACCACUCACCAACUCCAUCUCCCCAUAAUUCCCCACGUGUUAGUGUAACCGAUGAAACAUGGUUGGGAAAUACUCAUCAAUAUACCAGUUCUGCUAUAGUUGCAGCAAUCAAUGCCCUUACAACUGACCCAACAGACAUGAAUGAUGGCAUUCCAAUAAAAUCUAGAAAAACAGCAGCAGAUCAUACACCCAACAUGUCUCUUAAGACAGAGCCUGUUUGUGAUGACCAUAGCACAAUGUCAUCAACUAAUGACUUAUCACCAGAUGACUAUUCUGGAUUUCAUCACAUAAGGAAAGGAAAUUUCUGUGAUCAAUAUUUAUCUGUUCCACAGCAAUCCUAUCAGUGGGCCAAACCAAAGAAUAUAUCUCCAACAUCCUAUUUGAGCCCCUCUCUGCCUGCCCUUGACUGGCAUUUGCCAUCCCAGUCAGGACCAUAUGAACUUCGGAUUGAAGUGCAGCCCAAAUCACACCACAGAGCUCAUUAUGAGACGGAAGGAAGUCGAGGGGCUGUGAAGGCAACCACAGGAGGACAUCCCAUUGUGCAGCUACUAGGUUACUUAGAAAACGAGCCGCUCACUAUCCAGCUGUUCAUUGGUACUGCAGACGAUCGCCUGCUGCGACCCCAUGCUUUCUACCAGGUCCAUCGCAUCACCGGCAAGACCGUUUCUACCACAAGUCAUGAAACAAUCCUCUCCAACACCAAGGUUUUGGAAAUCCCACUUCUGCCAGAGAACAAUAUGAGAGCCAUUAUCGAUUGUGCUGGUAUUCUGAAGCUUCGCAAUUCAGACAUUGAGCUACGAAAAGGUGAAACAGAUAUUGGACGGAAGAAUACAAGAGUCCGCUUAGUGUUCCGUGUUCACAUUCCACAAGCCAAUGGGAGAACUCUCACUCUGCAAGCAGCAUCAAACCCUAUAGAGUGUUCUCAGCGAUCUGCUCAGGAAUUGCCAUUGGUGGAGAAACAGAGCAUUGACAGCUUUCCAGUGAUCGGUGGGAAAAAAAUUAUAUUGAAUGGACACAAUUUCCAACCAGACUCCAAAGUAAUUUUUGUAGAAAAAGCACCAGAUGGCCAUCACAUAUGGGAAAUGGAGGCAAAAACUGACAAAGAAAUGUUUAAGCCGAGUACUCUAGUUGUAGAGAUUCCACCUUUUCGCAACCAGAGAAUAUCCAGCCCAGUUCAAGUGAAUUUUUACGUCUGCAAUGGGAAGAGGAAAAGAAGCCAGUACCAGAUUUUCACCUAUCUGCCAGCCAAUGUUCCAAUUAUAAAAACAGAGCCCACUGAUGAUUAUGAAUCAGCUCAAACCUGUGUCCCAAUGGGCCAAGGAUUAAACCAACUCUCGAAGCCAUACUACAGCCAACAGAUCAUGAUGCCCCCUGAUCCUGGUACGUGCCUUGUGUCUGGCUUCACUUCCUGUCAGCAAAGAAACACUGUGAUGUCAUCUUCUCCAAACUCAAGCCCCAAGCUUCAUGACCUGUCUGCUUCUGCAUACAACAAAUGUAUCUCGAAUCCAGGGCAUAUUCAGCUAGGACUACAGCAGACCACUGGCGGUGUCCCCACAAUACAGGAAGUGCCACGAUCUAUAGUUGUGCACCCAAGUUCCCCCGACCAGUCAUCCCCCAUCAUGCUGCAGCCGCAGGUGAGUCUCCAACAGAGCAGUAGCUGUCCCCUUGGUUUUCAACAAACAGUAUAUCCCAUCAGUCCCUCUUCACCAGUUCCGUCUAUUACCCAAGAGCCAUCAUAUUUACAGCCCUGCAGUCCAACUCACUCAGCCGUAAUUGGUCAGCUGCCGCACCAACAACAGAAGGUUCAGAGAAAUGAAUCUCCAAACAGUCAACCACUGUCACUGCCAGAGUUGCAUGAGGACAGUAAUCAUAAUUUGGCCCCUAUUCCUGUAACGAUCAAGCGUGAGCCUGAGGAAUUGGAUCAGUUGUACUUGGACGAUGUAAAUGAAAUCAUAAGAAAUGACCUCUCCAGCAACAACAACGUCCAUUCAUAGCUCUGACAAUCAUGGACUUCAAUAAACGAAACUGAACAUUACCGAUUGCAGUGAAUUGAAAAUGUUUAUUGGACUCGCAGUGUCACAUGGUACACUCUCCUGCCUUAGAUAACUGAAGUCCAAGCCGCUGACACAGCUGAUUUACUGGGCUGUCAAGUGAUUCUGUUUUUAGAAGAAUUCUCAUCUCAACCUAAGCAAGAAGGAAAAAACUGAUUGAUAAUGUAUUUUAUGGAGAAAUGAACUGAAAUACUUGACAAAAGCAGAUGGCCUGGAAGCACAACUGAUGUUUUUGGCACCGCUGGAUGCCAGAAGUGCCUUAAAUGUUCAUAUUUGUGGCAUUAGGAUGUUUCAAAUGCUUUCUGUUUGCUACCAAAAAAAGUAUUGUAGGUGCAAAAACAUUAGAGAAGAAAACCACAAAGCAACUCCAUGCACUGCUUGCUGUAAUAAUGGAAGCGACCCGGCUGUGGGAAAAGAGGGGCAGAUAUUAGUCGAUGUAAAUGAAUGACCGAGCUGCAAGUAAUAUUGUAUUGCCUUAAUCUGCGCCCCUUAGAGAAGGGACGGGUGGAACACCAUUUUGUCUCUCUUAAUUCUGUACCUUGUAAAAUAAAAAAUCCUUGACAAACAGCAAGUUAGAGUAUUAGAAUGGAACUAGGCCACACAGGAAAGAAAUAAAGCACAAUAAUCCUUGGCUAUUUUAGGUGAGUUUUUAGACUUACAUAUGCAGCACAAACGUGUUUUAGUAUUUAAAUCAAAGGUAAGGUCUUAUAGCAAUAUAAUCUCAUAUAGAUCCUACAAAUAUAGAUUCUUUUAGAAUGUUUGCUGUUUCUAAACAUGAAGCUUUAUUUAUUCAGUUAAUGCACAAUGGUAAAACAGUGCUUGCAGCCCAUCUAUUCUAAGGACGGGGCUACCUGCUCUUUAUAUAGGGCAUUAAGGACAAGGCAGCCAUCUGUGGGGGGCCAUUUUGGGGGGCCUGAGAAUAUAUUUUGUUGAGUUAUCAGAGGGGGCCCCAAAGGCAAAAGUUGGAUUUUGAUGGUAGCCCUGAUUAUAGAUGUCAUACCCAGGGCACUAACACCAUUUGGAACUACAGAUCCCAGAAUCAUAAACAAGACUAACUCAGAUGCUGGGGAUUAUGGUUUUUAACAGUUAGAGGGUCACAGGUUUCACAUUCCAACAGUGUAUAUAGAUUUAUGGAUGGAAUAUGAGUCAUUAAAGCAACACUCCUAUUUUCCCACCUAGCACAAUCGUUCAAUCUCAUUGCCGUCCAUGUGUACUUAAUGAACAGGUUCCACACACGUGCAUGGCAUGAUUCUACUUGAAUGUGACACCCAAUCAACCUUGAAUCACUGAUGCCGUACUUAUCUAUUAGCAUUGUGUAACCGAUACACGGAACUGGUCUAUUUUCCUGUGGGGCUUAAACAAUAGUGUUAAAAAGCCAUGGGUUUGCCUGUUGCAAAGGUAUAGGAAAGCAAGCACUUUAGACAAGAAAAGUUGCAUAAAAAGCACCAAAUGAGUAAAUAAACUGUACAUAGUUGUAAAUAUUUGUUUGUUUCCAGGAUUGCUAUUCCACAAAGGCCUUAUUCUGACUCUGUGCUUCUCGUGGGGAAGUCUUACCAAAAACAAUGGCUGAAAAUGCAGUGCUAUGUGAUUUCUGUCCAUAAUAGUUCGUACUAUUAGUUAGUAUGACUCUGCUUGUUGACUAUCAAACAAGUUGCAGCUUAAUAUAUCACUAGUGAUGAACCUUUACUUUAUAUAAACCAGGGGCAUCCAACCUGUGUCCUUUCUGGUAUUGUUCAAACAAAACUCCCAGAAUCCUUGUCGAGGGAGACUGCGAGGGUUACUCCUACAACACUUGGAAUACCGAGAGAGGCUCGUCCCUGAUGUAACCAGACGAGCAUGGCCUAAAUAAAAAUAAAAUGUACUUGUUGUGCCUUAGUAAUUAAUGCCCUCUUCUGGAAAAAUGCCUGAAUUGCAAACUGAUCGUGAGGUAACUGGCUCAAAUAAACAUGUGUAUAAUGUCUUACGUUCUGCAAAAACACAAGCCAUAUUUCAGAUUUGCCCACAACUGUGAUAAUAUAAGCGAGGAUAUGGCUUUAUGUACAAACUAGGCUGUUAGUUAUUGGAAUAACUUUGUAUUUCUCACGUGUAAUCAAGGAUGUUUACCCAUUAAAUAGUACUAUAGAAUGUGCAUGAUAUAUGUAUAAUAGUUUACCAAGUAGCUAAUUCAGUGGUCAAAGAAGCUUACUGGCUAUUCCUGAACAAUAUCCAAUAAAGCAAUAUUUUGGAGCCAGUA